GCAAAGCGGGCCAGAGAGCAGCGCAUACAAACGCAAGCGCAGGCGGCACCACCGAGCCCUCGCCGCCUCCAAGGCUCCACUUCCCCACCGCCACUGUCUGGCCCUCCCCUCCGGAGGCCGCACAUCCUCGGCCAAAUCGCCGUCACGCCGGUCGCCCCUCUCGCCCCCACCAUCCCUCCCUCCUCUGCUUUAGUUCCCCUUUUUUUAUUUCUCUAGGUUUGAUUUCCUCCGUCCACGAUCGCGGCCGCCUACUGCGGGAGGGGACGGUGUUCUUCCUAGGACGAAGCGUCGGGCGAUCCCAGCUCCCUCGCGGCGCUCGGAUGAUCCCCGUGUUCUGUUGCGCGUGCGCGUUUCUCUUCCUGCAGAUUCGCUUGGUGGUUGCCAUUUUUGGCGAUUCUGUGUUAGCUUGCCUCCCUUUUGUGUUGCAGAGUGGGGGGUUCUUGCAAUGUGGGGUUUGGGGAUCGUUGCUCCUCCUCCUCUUGCGGCAAGAUCGAUUAGUGGCGUGAGCUUUUGGCCGUGGUGCGCUGCCUUGUUUCCGGUACUCCGGCAGCCUGGUCCCAGCUUCAGCUGCAACUUUUUGGGGGCAGUUUGCUAGAGUCCUAGUUGGAGUGUUAGAAGCUUCUGUUUACCACGGCCCUCUAGUGUUUAUUCGAGCUCUGUUGUGAUCUGAUAGUUCUUAUAUAGUUAUGUAUGCAGCAAUGAGGGGGACCAGCAUGGGUGGGUCUGGUGUCUUGAUGUGGGGAAUCAUAUUGUUUUGUCUGGUGGGUUACAUGUGGGGCUAGCUGGUGCUCAGGUGCUGCACUAAUUUAUUCAGACUUUGUGGAUCAAGGAACCUAAUUGGUCCAAACGUCGUGCUUAACUUUUGGUCAGUUGUUGACAUUGGAGGUUUGGCGCGAAUCGCCACUCCGUGACCUUAAAUUUGGUGCUGGCCUUUUACUGGCGCUGAACACCUUGUUUGGGAAGUUGCAUUGCUUCUGUGUUUUUGGCAUUGCGCGUAGUACACAACUUGUGUGCUUAGUUAUGUGUAUGACGCAUUGUUAGUAGAACUGCAAGGUGUUGUGUGUUUGUGUGCGUUUGCAGUGUCAAUACUUCUAAAUUUUAAUGUUCGGAUUCUUCAAAAUGUACUGGUUUCAGACCAUUUUGUUGAAUUUCUAGCAGUCCCCCAAUUUCUUAUGGGGAAUAAUAGGGCAGAAUCCUACUGAAUUAAUGCCAAUGUAUACGGAACCUUGUGUAAUCUAUGAUGCAGGUAAAGACUAUUCUGCCAUGAGGACUUUUCAAGGUCAAAACCCUGAGAAUAGGAGAGUCCAUACUUCCAAGUCUCGGCCUUCCAAAAAGAAGCCUUGCAAGGUACCUGAAUCCGUUGAAGUGCAUAUUAUUGAUGAUGACGAUGAUGACAGCACCAAGGAUUACUCUGUGGGAGACGCAUCAAAGCAGCUUGUCCUUUACAAUCCUGAGAUCACACGUGACAAGCAAAGUGACAUAGAUCAUCAUAACUCACUGCGCCAAAGUUCCAAGAAGCCAAGAUAUGGAUAUGGCACCGUUCUACCUUCUAUUGGUGCUUAUACUGUACAGUGUGCCAGCUGCUACAAAUGGAGGAUCGUUCCUACAAAAGAAAAAUAUGAAGAGCUACGCGAGAGUAUUUCUCAGGAGCUUUUUGUAUGCACAAGGGUUAGUGAGUGGAACCGUGAAUUAUCAUGUGAUGAACCAGAAGAUAUAUCACAAGAUGGAAGUAGGGUGUGGGCGCUUGAUAAGCCAAACAUUGCCCAACCCCCUCCUGGCUGGGACAGGGAGGUCAGAAUCAGAGUGGCUUCCACCAAGUUUGCAGAUGUGUACUACACUUCUCCAUCUGGGAAAAAGUUGAGGUCGUUGGUUGAAAUUGGGAGGUACUUGGCAGAGAACCCACACUACAUCAGGGAAGGGGUUAACUUAUCUCAGUUUUCAUUUGCUAUUCCUAAACCCCUGCAAGAAGACUAUGUUCGAAAGCGUAGACUUAGAGAUGCUCAUGAAUUACCAGAGCUUCCUGAGAUAGCUCAAGUUGAUCCACUGUGCUGGGCAGCACCUCCUAUUCGCAGAGAAUUGCUCGCUGGACCUGGCUCUUCAACUUCAUAUCCUGCUUACAGCAACCAGCCUGAGAUGCCAGAUCCUGUCGACCUUCACCAGCCUGAGGUCUCUGAACCACCACCUCAGUACCACAAGAAGAGAAACAGGAAGCAAGUGUCGUCAAGGAAGUGCCAAAGCAAUUUGCCAGCAACGAGCUGUCCAUUCGAAGAGCAAUCUGGUGGGUACUUCAUUGACAUCGACCAUGUGGCGCUGUGAACUCCAGACGCAGUAGCCUCCUUGCUGUGGGCCUGCUCUUCUUUUGGUAUCAUUUUGCUGCACCUGUUCCGAAAGGGGGCACUAGUGUAAGCAGUUUAGGACGCGGUUGACACAGAUGUGGUAAGCAUCGAGUUUUGGUAAUGUAGAUAUAGCAGCCAUGGCCGUACUGUGCACCAAAGUAGGUAGCUGGUAUCAGAGACCUUGCAGAAUGUUAGAUGUAUGCAUCUUCAUGCUAAAUCGGUCUUGUAUGGCUACUGGGGGUACCAGUGUAACUUGGAGCGGACGAUGUUGGAGCUCCCAAA